AGGGAAAGUGAGCUCCACAGGACAAGCUCACAAAUUUGGAUGGAACCAAGAUGGAACAAUUUGUGAAUUCUGUGGAAGACAAACUUAGAAGUGAAAUGAAUUUCGACUUCAAGGCAUGGUGAAACACCUACAGUUUUUGGAAGAAAGCCUCAGAGGUGAAAGUGAGGCUUCACUAGGCAAGCUCACAAAUUUGGAUGGAACCAAGAUGGAACAAUUUGUGAAAUCUGUGGAAGACAAACUUAGAAGUGAAAUGAAUGCCCUAUAUCAAGGUAUGGUGACAGAUCUACAGUUUUUGGAAGAAAGCCUCAGAGGUGAAAGUGAGGCACCACAAGGCAAGCUCACGAAUUUGGGUGGAACCAAGAUGGAACAAUUUGUGAAUUCUGUGGAAGACAAACUUAGAAGUGAAAUGAAUGAUCGAUUAGAAGAUAUGCUGAAACACCUACAGUUUUUGAAGGAAAGACUCAGAGAUGAAAGUGAUGCUUCACAGGGCAAGCUCACAUAUUUGGAUGGAACCAAGAUGGAACAAUUCGUGAACUCUGUGGAAGACAAUCUUAGAAGUGAAACGAAUGCUCUAUAUGAAGGUAUGGGGAAACAUCUACAGUUUUUGGAAAAAAGCCUCAGAAGUGAAAUGAAUGAUCUAUCUGAAGGCAUGCGGAACCACCUACAGUUUUUGAAAGAAAGCCUCAGAGGAGAAAGUGAGGCUCCACAAGGCAAGCUCACAAAUUUGGAUGGAGCCAAGAUGGAACAAUUCGUGAACUCUGUGGUAGACAAACUUAGAUGUGAAAUGAAUGCCCUAUCUCAAGGUAUGGUGACACAUCUACAGUUUUUGGAAGAAAGCCUCAGAGGUGAAAGUGAGGCUCCACAGGGCCAGCUCACAAAUUUGGAUAGAACCAAAAUGGAACAAUUGGUGACCUCUGUGGAAGACAAUCUUAGAAGUGAAAUGAAUGCUCUAUCUGAAGGUAUGGGGAAACACCUACAGUUUUUGAAAGAAAGAUUCAGUCAGGAAGCAGGAAGCAGGAUUGAUUCCUGUUGUUCCAGAUCACAGAAGGCCGCCAGCAAGAGUCAGUGCUUCGCUCAGCAGGAGCUUCCCAAAAUGGUCAGCGCAGAAGAGUUUCAUCAGAAGGAAGAAGAAUGUGAAAAGCUGAAGGAACAGAAAAGAGUCUUGGAGCAAAAAUUGGACCUUGUCUUGGCCAGUGCAAUGGGAAGCCAUAAGUUCUCUGAGAACUUGAAUGACCCCUGUCGAUUAUCAGCUGUGUUGGAGAUGUACGACAGGCUCAGGAUACAUGAAUGGGAGAAAGCCAAAUGUGCUGCAAGUGUCUCCACCUUUCCAAUGACGUAUGAAAAAGGUAGCACCAUAAUUAAGGCUGUGUUUUCCAUAUGUGAAGAAGAUCUGUCACAAAGACUGGAGCAAAUUUUUGAACACCUUGAGAUUCCAGUUUCGAAGAAAACCACAAGCCUCUUUGACAGCCAACAGCUGCCCCCUGGGCUGCCAAGUGAGAUAAAGAAUCACCUUAAACAUCUCUAUUUUAACUAUGGAGAAGACUUUUACCAAGCCAAGAGUAGGCAAUCAGCACCACUCAUUUGUCCCCUAAGAACCUGGACAGUGUCUGAGUUUACAAGAGGAAAAUAUAUAAUAGUUUGUACUCUUACUGCAGUGGAUGGAGACCUAAGCCAUGAGAGUCCAGUGGAGGGCAAUGAAAAUGAUUAAGGAGCUGGAGCACAUUACUUAUGAGGAGAGGCUCCCAGCUAAGGUAUGAAACUGGAGGGGCUGAAGGUGCCUCCCCCUGCCCUCCCUAAAUGGAGCCCUUGGCAUUAACUCUCCAAGUCCUAUAUCUAUUGUAUUUUCUUGCACAGAAAGCUGGUGUUCCUGGGGCUAUAUAAAUCUACACUAGUGUACUGUUGAUGUAUCUGAGCUGUAAUAAAAACACUUGUUUUAUUU